GCACCAUCUCUCUCAGAGUCCAGAUCCUCGUUCUCCAGCCAAACCCAAUACACCCCCAUCACUCUCCUCACCAAUACCUCACAGAUCUCCAGCGCCUCCCCUUACAACAGCCCCUUCUACCGUCAACAUACGCUCAAACCGAAUAAUAUCAUCAUCGAGGAUGCCGUGCUGGACGAGGAGCGCUGGAGUCGAGCUGCAUUUGCGCUCGGUAUGCCCUAUGGCGAUGUCUUCCGUGCCACGAAUGAGACAAGACGAUUUGCCAACAAGGUGUCGCGGAAAUCGAACCUCUCCGAAAAAUGCAUGACGGAUCUGGUGAUGACCUUGGUUCAAGCCGCAACCAAGCCCCACAGGAAUCUACAUACGAAGGCCGGUGGGACGUUUCACGAGGACCCUGUGCCCAACGGUGCCAUCACGACGGACGCCCUGCUGUCGCCGCCGGAUACUUGGAGCAUGCCACUUCCGGUCCCGAGACCGAACAUCACACUCGGAUUCGCGACCAAGACUUUCACGCCGCACGAGCUCGAGUUACAGUCGGGGAUCAUCUCAACCAGCGCCGGCCUUCCCUGCGAUCUCGCCAAGGUCAGCCAGCCCACCCCUGACGUCUUCUGGCCCUUCUUCACUGUCGACAUCCAGCCUAACUCGUUAAAUGCUGCCCAGAAUGCCUCCGCUGGCUCCGCAUCGACCUGCAAUAACGCUCUCGCGUUGCUUGCUGAGGCCGCGGACGAGCCAACCAUGCAAAAGCAGGGUCCCAGCCUUUUCUGGAACUCUCGUAGACGCGUGCACAGUUUCAGUUUGAGCAUCAAUCUCGAUGGCAAGGUGGCGAGUCUGAACAUGCACGAUUCCGGGGGCAGUCUAGUGCACCAUGCGGCGAUGAUCAGGGUGUACCGGCUUGACGAUGAGAGAGACGUGGAAGCGUUAUAUUCACGACUGACCUCGAUAUGCGUAUGGGCGGAUAAUACCAGACUGCCUGCGAUUGUGGAUCUUCUCGAGAAUUUAGAUGGAUUGGUCAAGCUUGAAAGCAAACAGGACUUUGUCAGUGAUGCCUUUUUUAAUCACGACCUGUCGUCCGUUGCGGGAAUGGGAUAUGCAGGAGGUGCAAUUGGAAGCAUUUCCCCACCAAAAAGGUUUGGCGGAUUGAAGUCUGUGAUGAGGGAUAUUUCCCCUCGAUGGCUGAGGGUCUCU